CACGUCUCACGCAACGUCUCGCGCAGCCAGCCGCGAGCGGGUCCCCUCCGUGGAUGUGUCCGUGUCCCCGCAGACGGAGAAGAGGCGGAGGGUGCUGGCUCAACAAGACCGACCGGAACACGGGCGACGGGACGGGAGAUGGACAACGGCAAACGGACUGUGGUCGUUACAGGUUUUGAGCCGUUUGGUGAGCACACAGUCAACGCCAGCUGGGUAGCAGUCCAGGAGCUGAAGAAGCUGGGUCUGGGUGGGGAGGUGGACCUGCACGUGUCCGAGGUCCCUGUGGAGUACCAGAGGGUCCAGAGUCUGGUUCCUACGCUCCUGAAGAAGCAUCACCCGUUGCUGGUGGUCCAUGUCGGGGUCUCGGGGAUGGCCACCACCGUCACGUUGGAGAAGUGUGGCAGAAACCACGGCUACAAGGGCCUCGACAACAGCAGCUUCUGUCCCGACUCGCAGUGUUGCAUUGUGGGAGGCCCGGACUGCAUCAACUCGGUGAUCGACAUGGAGUCGGUCUGUAAGCGAGUGACCGCCUCGGGGCUGGGAGUCGCUGUGUCCGUCUCCAAAGACGCCGGACGGUACCUGUGUGACUUCACCUACUACACGUCUCUGUACCUGAGCCGCGGCCGCUCCGCCUUCGUCCACGUGCCUCCUCUCGGGAAGCCGUACAGCGGGGAGGACCUGGGCCGCGCGCUGCAGGCCAUCAUCCACAAGAUGCUGGAGCUCCUGGACCAGAAAGAGGAGAAGAUCCACUGCCAGAAGCACUUCCACUGAGGGCCUCCGCCCCGAGCCCUCGACACACGAGAGAAAAUGCACUUAACCACGAGCAGCCAAACGUUCCUCCUUCAUCGCAUCACCUGU